UAUUUUUGUUUCUCGCUUUGUGAGACAUUUGCAGAUUAUUAAAGAUCUCCAAGGAAAAUAUAUAAAUUAAAAAUUAUAAAAGGACAGCGCGAAUAAAUGUAGAAAAUAUGCCGUUCCCAGGGUACCCAAGCCAAUUUUACGACAACUAUGAGGAUAACGACGAUUCGCGGUCCAACCAUUACGAUCAAAAUGCAUAUGAUAGUGAAGAGGACACGGACGACGCGAGUGAAACGGAAUUUAGAAAUCAUAGUCGUUGCAGCAAUGCUACAAACACAACAAAUGGUGGCAGCAAUCAUGAGCUGAAGGAACAAGUGUAUCAACACAAGCUAGCCAUAUUAAACAAACAGCGGGAGGAACUGAGGUAUCUCACGCAUCCCGACUACAUUAAACGUGUGAAAAAGCUUGAAUAUCAAUGCAAAGAACGUGUGAGGCUCAAUGACAUCUACAGAGAAUAUUUAAAAGAGUGUGUGGAAAAGGACUACCAAUCCGAACGACGAGCAGGGCAAAAGGAGUACGAGGAAAAGAAGAUCGACUUAAAGGAGAACAUUCUAGCUGAUUUAGAGGAACGAAAGAAGCUUAUCGAAAAUGAACGGUAUAAUUUAGAACUAACAAAUGACUCGACGGAGAUAAAGCCCACUAUUACACGUAAACUAAGACGGCGCCCAAAUGAGCCAGUACCGGUGGUCGAGAAGCGGCGGAAACCUACAACCGGCCAAUUACUUGUGUACUUGUUGGACGAAAAGGAAAUCGAAAUCGAUGUGAAAACGAUACUACGAGGCAAGCCACUAGCACAAACAACGCAACAAAAUGGUAUAGGUGGCAGCCCAUUUAGUAGCCUACAGCACGGAGGUAUGCUAGCCGAAACCACCAACUCAAAUGUCAGCCCUAGUGUUGAGACACGUAUUGAAGAUGGCAAACUACUAUAUCAGCGCCGAUGGUUCCAUCGAGGUCAACAGGUAUAUGUAGAAGGAAAGGAUUUGGUAAAAUUUGCAGCAACAAUAACAGCCAUCGGCAAUGAAGUUGUGUGGGUGAAAAAAACAAAUGACAGCAAAGUUAAAAUUAGCAUGUCCCAUUUGGCUAAGGGUAAAGUUACAAUUAAACGACGUGCCAACUGAUCCAACGCCAAAUGCGGCUCAGUCGGCUGCAAUUCUAACAAACCGAGCACCACUUCUUCUACAGUAACAAUAGCAACAUAGUUGAUAUUGUUAUAAAUUUAAUAAAUAUUUAAUUUUAAUUGCGUGUAAUUAUAGCUGUAGUAUUUUAUGUUUAAACAUUAAUGUUAUGUCUCGCAAUAACUUAUUUAUUGUUCCAACAAGAGAAAAAACUAGUUUAUAACACAAGUGUAUAAUACUUAUAUAUGCAAAUUUGUCAGUAAGCAGUACAUGAUUAAAUUGUGGUGUAGCAAAUAACAUUACACAUA